UCUUUCGUCAGUUGUCUUUCAGACCUCGAAGUCGAUAGUCACGCCAGUAUUUUGGUCAUACAGAAAUCCCCCUCACCCCCAAAAAAAUUUGUUUGAACUGCCGUGUAAAAAGUAGUUCAUCGAUUCUUGUUCUUCGUUUGUGAAAAUUUACAAAUUAAAGAAUGUGUGCCAAACCGACUUUUGGAAACGAGAAAACGGUGGAAGGAGGGCCAUUUGAUGAAGAACAUCUUGAAAGCAAAAAAAACACAGACCCAGAAAGUAAACCGCAGUACGCGGGCGGGAACGGCAAAAGCCGAAGCCGAAGGAAGCUAAAGAAGGCCAUCGGCGUCGCCGCCAUUUUAUUGAUCUUCGUCUUCGUCUUCGUCUCUGUCGCAAUCUACCUCCUGAAUGUAAAGGGCUGGAGUCACCCGCUGACGCCGGUCAUCAAACCGCCAACUUACUUAUUCAAUUCUUCAUACGAAGCAGCUGGAAAUCCUGUGCCCAGCACGACGACCAUUCACAACCAGCCGGUGGUUGACAGUAAAAAUGAGGUGACGCCAUUCGUUUCAGAUGAUGACGUCAUCAUCGAGACCCCUGCAUUGGCAGCCAACACGGAUAAGGCUUUCGGCCAAUUGCCAUCCGAUCCAGCCGUACCUGUUGUUUUACUCCCGGGAUAUACGCCGUCCAUCAGUUCGGAAUCGACUAUCUCAACGACGUUAGCCGAUGACAACGUCAUUUCAGAGUGGCCGGAGGUAUCGACGAUCCCAGUUACAGAACAAGACACGAGUGGUUUCGUUCCCGUUCAAACGGAAGUGGAUCUUGACUACAAGCAGGAACAAUCGACCGACUCGCAAACGGAAGCUAUUUCGGAAAUGGUGCCCGCUAAACCGGUAGACGCAAUUCCGGCCGUUGACACGGCGCCCUGGAAGCCCAUUGAUGGAAGCGUCGUUGUUCCUCCUGUCAAAAAGGAAUAUAAAGUUCAAAAUCGAUCCAUUGUCGAUAUAAAAUCAUCGGUAGAUUCGCAGCGAUCGUUGUCAUCCGACGAAAAGGAGAACCGCAUCAUUGAGGUGGAAACGGAAGAUCGCGUCCGCACUUCGAAACCGACAGUUUCUUCCACAUCCACCGAACCAUCUCCGUCCAAUGUUUCCCUGCAUUCCGUUCAACCGCAGACGCCGGUUAUCAAACUGCCAACUUACACAUUCCAUUCUUCAUACAAAGCAGCAGGAAAUCCUGUGCCCAGCACGACGACCAUUCCCGUCCAGCCGUUGGUUGAAAGUAAAAAUGAGGCGACGCCAUUCGUUCCAGAUGAUGACGUCAUCAACGAGACCCCUGCAUUGGCAGCCAACACGGAUGAGGCUUUCGGCCAAUUGCAAACCGAUCCAGCCAUACCAGCUGUUUUACUCACGGAUUAUACGCCGUCCAUCAGUUCGGAAUCGACUAUCUCAACGACGUUAGCCGAUGACAACGUCAUUUCAGAGUGGCCGGAGGAAUCGACUAUCCCAGUUACAGUACAAGACUUCACUUCGAAACCGACCGUUUCUUCCACAUCCACCGAACCAUUUCCGUCCAAUGUUUCCCUGCAUUCCGUUCCGGCUUCCUCGCAAUGCAUCCGCCGUCAGUUGCACUUUUGCCGCGGAGUUUUGCCUUAUUUGGAAACGACCCUUCCGAACUUCGUGGGGGACACAACAGAAAGAGAACGGAAUCUCACCGUGCCUUUUAUUGAAAGCAUCGUUGAAUCUGAAUGCCAUCCUCGAGUGAAACAAUACGCUUGCGCCGCCCUAGAACCACCGUGCCGUGACGGCGGAAUUAGUUUACCGCCCUGUCGUCAAUUCUGCCACGCUGUUGCCGAAGGAUGUAAUGAUCAAGUAUACUGGGCAUUAAAUUAUUCACAAUUUUUGAAUUGCACUCUAUGCCCAGAGUCGAACGACCCGAAUAUUUGUUUCAACUUCUUGAUACCUGGAGGCAACGGAACGGACUGAAAAGGGAAUGUUCGAAUCGGAUUCACGUCUAACCCGACAUGAAAGAUGUGUCCGGAUUCAUUUUUAUUUGGCGUCUUUUUUUAAUAAUUUUGUAUUAUCUUAUUCAAAAAUUGUUCAUAUUGUUUUCAGGAUCUUACAUGCCAUUCGAAUAUUCAAUGGCACAAAAUCGUGGCUCAAAAUCGGGGAACAAAAUGUUUUUUAAAACUUAUUUCUUUUAUAAAAAUGAAUUUACUUAGGUACUCUGAAAUUCUCAUUAAUAUGACCACCUAGUGUUCAAGAAAGACGCUUAUUUCCGCCUAUACGCCAUUUGAUGCAUUUUUGAAUUGCAAUGCCUGAGUAUUUUUUUUUACCAUUUCUAUCUAAAACAUUUUUGGCCCGUCCAGUGAAAUUUGAGCCCUCCAAUUGGUCCAAGUUGUUUUUUUCCCACAUCGACCCUUCAUUUUUUUCUGCUCUUUGAAACAUUCCCUGUCUCUGCCCGCAAAAAUUCUCUCUGUCGUUGCCCUUCAAGUCUCACUUCAGGGCCAAAUUUUGCGCAAAAAAUUCAGCUAAAGGGAAUUUUAGUAUUUAAAAAAAGUCCAUUUUUGCGUGAAUUUAUAUUUUAAAUUCACUUCAGCGCAAAAAUGCGCCUUUCGUUUUUUGCCGUGUACUUAUUGACCAAAUGGCACACUCUUCAGGGAAAAUCCCAAUAUUUGGUACAUUGGUGAAUUCUGAUUUAAUAAAAGAACUUUAAACAA